AUGAAUACCCUUAAAUCCCAAUUAAAGUUCGAUCACGAAAAUAUGAUCAAUGGUGGUGUUAAUCGAACAAAAGUUAUGAAGUCUUCAAUCAAAGAUUUAAAGUCAUUUCUAUAUAUUCUAAAAAAGCAAGAAUCAGCCAAUUUUUUUCUUAAAGAUAUUGUUCCAGUGCUGGGUUGCAUUUUGGAUUACAUGCGCUACGAUGAUACAAGAAGUUUAUCAUUAAUGAUAAUUCUGACCUUGAAAGACGCAUUUGGCGAAAUCAAGUUAGGCAAUGAGAUAAUAUCAAUAUUGGAUGAUAUAACAACAAUGGCUGAUACACGAGCAGAUAGAUAUGCAUCAAUUGAGAUAUUGGGCGUACUUUAUUCGGUAUUACCUAACGUUUGUACAAAUACGUUUCUGAAAGACGAUAUUAUGGUUAAGCUUCUUGCAAAUGAAAUCACGUUUUUGCUGACAAGUAGAAAGGAACAAUUGCUUUUCGAUGGUGGAAAAAAUUUACGAAGUAUUCUGUUAGUCUUUUCAGGAGCUUGCAUUGAUGAGGCAUGCCGGAAAUUGAUUGCAAAAAUGUACCUUGGGUUAUUAGUCAAAACGUUAAAGGUUGGCAACAGUACAAACGAUGAGCUUGAAUUAGAAUGCCUUGCAGGAACAGUUGUAAUAAAGAUAUACAAGUGUAUUGAAAGAAAAUCAUUUGAAAAGGAAGGACAUGCUUUAUCCCUUAGCUUUAUAUCUGAAAUUCUCAUAAAUGGCCUUUUAAGUCAAUAUAAUCAUAAAAUAACAGCAUAUAGUGUCGAAGGCCUCGCAUUUCUAUCAUUGAGUCCGGAAAUCAAAAGAUUACUUCGCAAGGAUGAUAAUUUUCUUACGGCUUUGAUUGAAGAUAAAUUUUUGGAAAACAGCAAUGAGAUAAGUUAUGGUACGUUGUGCAUCGUGAAUAUUCUUACGAUGAUUCCGUCGACAAGUUCUGAAAAGCAACAGUCCAUGGAAAAGCUUCGAAGCUAUGCCGAACUGUCACAGAUGGAUCCUAGAACAGGAAAAAAGCUCAAAGUAUCAAGAAAGGAUACAAAAGAAGAAGUAAUCAAAUUUUCAACAAGUUUAAUGAAGUCCAAAGAUUUAUUAGGGAUGAUAAGUAAGAUCAUCAAAAAAUUUCAGACAUCCGGAAUUAUAGAGCAGGCUAUUUAUAUUAUUCAUAAUCUCUGCAAUAAUAAAUCAAUUCGAACAGAUGUUGUCAAACAUGGUGGAUUGGGAAUUUUACUUUCAUACUUGGCUUCACAUUCAGAUGGUAUCAAGUAUAAUCCAGAUACCUUUUGUGAAAUGAAGAAACCAAUAAUCUUCCCGCAGGUACGUCAAAAGGCUAUCAGCGCACUUGCAAAAAUUAUUAUGAGCCAUAAUCCAAAAGUUCUUUUCUACCAAAAAUUCGAUAUUUUCACGCCGGUGGCAUUCUUAUUGGAAGAAAUUGUUCAAUACGACAUUGAUACCGGCGGCAGAGUUGGAAAAACCCCAUUAGAUGGAUUACCGGAAGAUCAAUUGAAUGCGAUUGAUUGCUUCGAGGCUAUUGUCGCUCUUACAAACUUGACUUCCGUGGAUGAGAUGAAAAUAAAAAAUAUCGUUUUACGACUAGGAUGGUCUUCUAUUUAUAAUCUUACUUUGAGCGAAAAUUAUCAGAUUCAACGUACUGAUCUAGAACUUCUUUCAAACCUUAUGCUUUCACCAAUGUGCUCCGAAAAAUUCUUUAACUGGAAUACAAAGAGUGAUGAAAAUUACCAGCAUUUUCGGAGAUUAUGCCAACUUAUCAACUUAGUUGACAGAGACUCUCAAAUUGCAGUGUUAAAUAUCUUUGCCAAUUCAAGUGAUUAUAAUAUUAUUGGACAACUGCUAUGCCAAUCGGAAUUCUUUAUGGAUCACUUUAUGGAUGUGAUGGUUGAUAAAAUGGCCGAUGAGGAAAUUCAGCUACAUCUAAAUUAG